GGCCUGAAGGCUCGUCCUCUUUAUUUUUUUCUCUUAAUUAAAAAUAUAGCUAUGGCGCAUGCUCGGACCGUUAAUUUGAUUAACGAACGUUUUGAACAGUGAUUUUUGUGAUGUGUUUAAUAAUUUGUGAUUUGUGAAUUCGAAUGUUUAUUUUGGAUUUCACUUUGUGCAAGAGAUGGGAUCUCUGACCGUCGACGCCCCUGCGCUGUAGCCAUGCGCAAGAGGCGGGGCCAUGGAGUGCUACGUGCCCAACAACCCGCAGUUCGGGCUCGAGGACUGUUGCCAGGGCUGCCCCGGGAUCUGCUGCGACGCCUUGCAUCCCUGUAUACAACCCUUACAGGAAUUCCAGGAAGACUGUUGCCAGCAGGAAAACGAAAAUUGCUGCCCAGAAAAUGGCGAAGAGCUAAACGCCUUAAGCGAAUCCAUCGCGCCGUGCGAGACACUGGACGAUGGGACAGUGACGGAGCAGGCCUGGUCGGAGGACAUGGGGUCCUUCUCGCUACCCCCCCUGGAGCUGGAUCCGCUACCAUCGCUGUUCCCGUUCUCCCCUUGUCCGGCAUACAACCGAAACAAUGCCGACUGCCGGGAAAGAGGCGGGGGCGAAGCCGCGGAUGUCCUUCUCUCUCUCAAACAUGCCGUCGUGCACGGGGACUGCGCUGCAGAGACACAUCCGCAGAUGAUGGCACACGGCGGCGCCACUUACCCGUACUACGAGCAUUAUGGCGGGGGUCCUCUGUUCCCGACCAUGAGUGUCAAUGUAUCCAUGAACAUGACCAUGCAUGGCUGCCCCGACCAGCUGUGUUCUCAGGUGCAAUGGAACCAAAACGCAGCGACUCCGUCAGUAAACGUCGUCUACCCUCAAACACAAAACGUCAUAAGCCCCAACUCUUAUCCAUCAGCCACUUAUUCCUUCACCGCGGACUUCAGAACUCCCAAUCAAUCGGAUCCGCUCAUAACCGCCACUUCGACGUUCAAGCCGUUAAUACAAAACGCGCAGAAGCCGAACUAUGGAAUGUUCCAGCAAAAAGCGAACUACCCUCAGAAAACGCCGCAGUUGAAGCGAUCGCCGUCGAAGGUGUAUAUGCAAGAAAGUCAGAAGGAACAGAAUAUGGGGUACACGAUUGUGAACCAUCCGGGACAAAUGCAUCAGGAUUAUGGGUACACCACGUGUGUUAAUGCUUCGGGGAAAGUGCAGGUGGGCGCGCUUAGUGGCUGUUCAGAAGACGAUGAACAAAAACCAAACCUCUGCCGUAUAUGCGGGAAGACGUACGCGCGCCCCAGCACCCUGAAGACCCACCUCCGAACGCACUCUGGAGAAAGGCCGUACCGCUGCGGGGAUUGUAAUAAGAGUUUUUCUCAAGCAGCCAAUUUGACUGCUCAUGUUAGAACUCAUACAGGGCAAAAACCCUUUAGGUGUCCAAUCUGCGACCGGAGGUUUAGUCAGAGUUCCAGUGUUACGACACACAUGAGGACACAUUCGGGCGAGAGGCCCUAUCAAUGUAGAUCGUGCAAGAAAGCGUUUUCUGACAGUUCAACGUUGACCAAACACCUGAGAAUACAUUCCGGGGAAAAGCCUUACCAGUGCAAGCUGUGUUUGUUGAGGUUUUCCCAAUCCGGCAACCUGAACCGGCACAUGCGCGUGCACGGCAACAUGUCCGGCGGCAUGCUCGGCUGACAUCUGCAGCGCUGCGGCCUCCCGGCCGUCUACUUGUGAAUGUGAACCCGCCUUUAUCGCGCCGGCACUCUAUAGCAAGCAACAAAAAUGCAAACAUUGGCGGGUGAAUUUCACGAGCGUUUGCACGCGGCGUGUAGCGUUUCAUUAGUGUUCGACAUUAAAAAAAAAUCUUUUUUUAAAAUUAAACAUUUAUGAAAUUAUUACCAAUACUUUACUUAUUUAUAAAAUAGGAUAUUUAAAUUGACAUUUUAAUAAACACUAAUGAUAGCCCGCGGCGGCGUUCAAAACGCUCGUGAAAUUCCCCCCCUGGCAUCUUUCUGAGUUCACUGAUAAUGUGUCGGAGCCAUAGUUUUAGAAGGGUCGUCUUAACAUUGUGGCGCCAUUUUACAACAGUAUGACAAUUGUAGACAAAGAAAGCUUUAAGUAGACUUCGUUUUGCUUGUAUAAGAUAGGGAUAUGCGUAUUAAAAAUACCCGACAAGAUUUGGUACAGAGCGUUAAUAUAUUUUGUUUCAAUAACAUGUAAAUCUGUAGCUUUGUAUAAGUUGGGCUCGGAAUAUGUAUGUCUGAGUUGGUUCAUCUUUAGUUUUUGUAGUCUUUGAGCGUAAGAUACUAAAAUGACAUUCUAUGAAAAUAUAUGUCAAAUUUAAGAAAGUGUUCGCGCGUUUUCUGACCGAUGAUAGAAUAUGAUACGUUGAACUUCAACUCCUCACCACUGUUAUUUCCAUAAUUAAAACUACGAUAAAAUUAUUAUAAGCCGUCUCAGAUAAAAUAUAUGUGUAUUAUAGAGUGUAAUAUAGAAUGGGUGUAUAUUAAACAUUGUAAUAGAGACUCUUAAAAAAUCGUUUGUAACAACAUCUAUUCACGUAUAGACAUUGUAGUAAGUAGUAUAUAAAGACGAAAAUCAGUGAUUAGAAGCACUACAAUCAAACUAUAAAAUUGGAUAAACGCUGCAUUGAAAUAAAAUAAAAAAUACAUAGAGUAAAAAUGGGGGCGCCACUUAUGCAAUUGAAGUAGGUGGCGCCUCCAGAGAAAUUCUAAUUCUGUUAGUUAAUAGGUAUACAGUAUAACCAAAACUUUUAUCUUAUUAAGUACCUAUUACUUACUUAUUAUAAACAACGCUCCGUUUUUGGGCAGUUGUGUAAUAAAAAAUAUUGAGCUCAUUGUGUAACAAUUAAUAAAAAAAAAAACAAAGAAUGUGAACUUGCUAGAAGUGUGAAUAGUAGGCAUUUUAACCACGUGUGUAUAUACAUAACAAUAACAUUGUUAAAUACAAUGUUGGUCUUAUCUAGUCAUUAUUAUCUAGAAUUUCGCAUGUAUUUUUUAUUUAGAAUACUUACCACCUAAUCAGUAUUAUCAUUAGCUUUAUACAUAGUAAGU